AUGACCAAUCACUACCUUAAUACAGAGCACGUAUCAAAAGCUGACCCUGGCUUCGAGAUUGAUAUUGUACUCCACCUUCUAUUCUCCUUGAGUGGUUGCUCGUCUUACCUUGAAAUAUCUUUUGUGUUGACAAAAGCUGCAUUGACAUGGAACGGACAAUUGUCUUAUUAUAAGCGUCAUAUGUUUUUGACACAUGCCAAUGGCUUUGUUGUUUUGAAAAUGGCCACACCGAACAGAAGUGAAUCUGUUCAAAAACAAAUUCAACAAGAUUGGGUCAACAGAGAGUACAUUGAGAUAAUCACAAUCAGCAUAAAGAAAAUAACAGAUUUCCUAAAUUCAUUCGAUCUGUCAUGUCGUUCAAAACUUGCCGGACUGAAUGAGAAAUUAACAACGUUGGAGAGAAAAAUUGAUUAUCUCGAAGCUUGCGUCACAAAGGGUGAAACGUUGACGUGAAUCUAGUUCUAGCAUCAUGACCAGUAUCGUAACUACAAUUUUGAAGCCCCCUGCACUGUUGUUGGGAUGCAAAAGAACGUUGUUUCAUUGGAUCAACUUACAAUUCAAUGCUGUUGACGAACAACGUAUCAAACAAUUUGGUGCUGAUCGUGCAUGUGCUGAGUGGAUUUUGAGAAAUGGAGGCACAAUCAAAUGGACUAACACUAAUGAAUAUAUUAAAAAUUACAAUCUUCUUCCUCCUGAAGGGACAAACAAUCAUAUCCAAGAAGUCGAUGCCACAAACUCUAGCAUCAUGUACAAUGGUUUCGACCACUUCAAUGGGUGCCACUAUGUCACAAAAUUGAUUUACAUAAAUGCCACUUAGUUGAUGAUCAAGCAUUGGAGAAACUCCACUAUCUCAAAAAAUCACUUUUGUUUCUACAAGUGACAUCUUGUAGCAGUGUUUCAGAUAAAGGACUACUUGCAUUGAAUAGUUUGAGUAAUUUGAAGCAAUUGAUAUUGGAUGAUUUAUCAAGCGUGAAGAAUCAUGACAAGACAGUGCAGGCUUUGAAAAGCAGUAUACCCACUUGUAAUAUUCAGUACAAAUAAAUCUUUAUAAUCAAAUUGCAAUUAGCCUUUUUUAUACCAUAAAUAAAUUCUGUUUAAUUUCC